AUGAGCGAUGUGGAUUUAAUUAUUAAGGGAAAUGAAGCUCUUAAUUCAAAACAAUAUGCCAAGGCAGUGUCAUUAUACGAAAUAUUCCUCUUACAAAAUCCUGGACAUCCUCAAACAGAAAUAGCUCUAGAAAAUACGAAACUUGCACUCGAUUUUUUAUCCGAACAAACGGAUCAAGGACAGAAUUAUAACUACAAAACUACUGAUUCACAAAAAUACAACAGUGCAAUUAAAAGUUUAUGUAUUGCAACUGAAGCUAUUGAACAAAAUCCUUCUUCAGCGGAAUGUUAUGCUGCAAGAGGGAAAAUAUACGAGCAAAUUGGAUUAUACAGGAAUGCAGCAAACGAUUACCAAAAAGCUCAGCGCCAAAACACAACGAAAUUAGAAUAUAUGAAAAAAUUAUCUACUUCAGCAUUGAAAUGCAACGAGCUAGAAUCAUCUAUGGCAGCCGCAAGGAUCGCUGUUGCCGGUGGUGUUUGCUGUUUUGCUCCACAGGCUCAGUUAAUGUGGAGUGCCCACAGAUAUGACGAAGCCAUACGCUUGUUAGAUGCUGCUGUGCUCAAUAACGAAGAGGACAGCCUACUUAUACGAGGAAAAAUCAACUUUGCCUGCGGAAAAAUUGAUGAUGCGUACAAUGAUUUCAUUGAAGCAGGCGCUCCUCAAUACUACACAGACAUAUGCAGCUUAUUAAACUCAGAGUAUUCAUUUCCUACUAUUCAACAACAAAUCUCACGCGAAUCCAUCUGUAUUUCAGAAUUAAUCAACUCAUUAGUAAAAUUCGAUGAAAAAAUUACGACAGCACCGCUAUCAUUAGACAUAUCGUCCCAGAUACAAAGGCUUUGGUGUUCUCCAAAUCCUUCUCCAAACGAAAUUUCAAACGCGAUUUUGACUUUAUCAGCAGACAACUCACAGAAUUACGUAGCAAAACAUACAAACGACCCGAGGGCCUCGACAAUGGCGAGGUUGUCGGUUCCAAUCGGAAAAAUAAUUUUGGCCCACGCCCCGAGUGAGCGGCAGGCAUCUGCCUUGGGCAUGGCAUGUAUAGAAAUACGACAGAUAUUACAGAAGUACAUCGAUGAUGGUGUAGCUGUCCCUCUUUCUUCAGCUGUUUCUUGUAUCGCGAAUUAUAUACGACUUUACGAUCCAUUAUCACCAAUAUUCUGGAGGUGCCUUGUUCCCAAUGCUGUGCAGCCUGCAUUUUUGCAGAGAGGAGGCUUCCAUACAGAGAUGGUGAUGAUUUACAUUCGUGUGCUUCAAGCUUUGAAGGACGGUAUCGGUUCGAGCGAUGAAAAAAUUAAUAACGCGCAGAGUACUGAAGAAUUGUGGAAAAUUUUGAGAUCGAAUAUAUGUGUAAAGUGUAAAACGUCGAAUGCCGAAAUUUUCAUGAGGAAAACUAAAGAGAAUACCAUGGAAUUCGGUUUCGUGGUGCCGAAUACCCAAGAGCAUUGGAACAACGCGAUGUCGAAAGUUCAUUUAGCUUGGACAACGGCAUUGCUAUCACUUGGCAAGCCAUCAGAGAAACUAGAGGCCAUAAGGAACUCGUUCAACUUCAUGUACGAGUGGAUGAGGGCUUGGCCGCUUACAUCCGAAAGUCAUACGGUCGGAGCCAUUUUGUUCUACACUCUGUUCAAUGCAGCAAGCAAUAUGAAGCUCAGUGAGUCACUACCAUCACCAAUCAUGUUACAGAUAGAAGCACUUUUGACCGGUUCCUUCAAAGAUUAUUUCGAAUUAGUUGCAAAGCACUUUAAUUCUAAGUUAAAGAGUGGAUCAAUCUCAGAAGGAAUGCCGAAUAUCGCUGAUGUGCUCCCGUCAUUCCUGUCAAGAUUGAGAGCGAUUAAAAACAUAAUGCAAAUUCGCAGCGAUUGA